AUGUCUACUUUUCGAUUCCGUCGGCGUCGAGGCUGGAGAAAUGCUUUUCUCUAUGUGUUUGCCGGGAACCCGGACGAUUUCACCACAGCGCAAAUUGUAGACAAACUUGAACACGCCUUCGUGAAGAAGACCAACGUUGCCACCGAGUGGGCCAAUUAUUUUAAGCUCAAACAAGAACAGGGUGAAUCCCUGUUGGAUUAUUCCAAUAAGCUCCGCCGCAAGGCCUUUCCGUGUGGUUUUCCAGCCGAUGUUCUUGAAAAGAACAUGUCGGCGACCUUUCUUAAUGGUCUCGCCAGCGACGCUGUACGGGAGCAUCCCCAGUCAAAAACGUACUCCACGUUGGAGGAAGCGCUGGAUAUUGCGGAGAAGUACGAGCUCCGGCGUAGCACCAGAAAGGGUCAAACCACUGUCGAUGUGGCGCGCGUGGAAAGCGGGAAGCGAAACCCAGCGGGUAAUGGCUACAGAAGGCGUGACGGCGCUCGUGGCGGACAACGAGGCCGUGACCUUGGUGGUGCACGCAAGCCUGCUGGCGCAGAAGGUGGCAAGGGUGCAGCCUGUGACGGCUGCGGAUCCACGCAGCACGCACAAAGCGACUGCUGGGCGAAAGAUGCGGAGUGCAGAAAGUGCAAAAAGCGCGGCCAUAUAGCGAAGGUCUGCCGGAGCGCACAGAGCUCCAGCGGCCGACAGGGACGCGAUGGGCGCCGAACGUUUUUGGUGGAGGAAGAGUAUGAAGUGCUCUCUGUCGAUGCCACCAGCGGGCGCGCCAAUCACGUACCGGUGAAAAUAAAUGCUGUACCGGUGUCACCAGUGCUGGAUACUGGCUCUGGCGUCACCAUUGUCGCCUCGGAAACCUGGAGAUCGAUCGGCUCUCCAAAAUUAUCACCGUACACCAAUCCACUGAAGAUUUUUACUGGCCAUACCUUAAAGGUCAUCGGCACAGCGAUGGUGGAAGUGGCCCACGCGAGAACGCGGAAGACGCUGCCGGUGAUUGUGGUAGCAACGCGUGGAAAUGUACCUGGACGAGAUUGGAUACACGCGUUGAAUUUAAGUCAGCUGAGUUUGCGUGACCUCCAAAUCCCAGCGGUGUGUGCUGUCUCGGGAAACGUCCAGCUGAAACAGAUCUUUGCCAAGCACAGUGCUGUCUUUCGCGAGGAACUGGGCCAGUGCAAGCACUAUAAAGCCCAUCUGCACCUAAAGCCAAGUGCCACGCCGGUAUUCCGCAAGGCGCGACCGGUUCCGUUCGCCUUCCGGGAGGCCGUGGGACGCGACAUUGACCGACUGGUAGAGAAGGGGAUUCUCUCACCAGUGGAGCAUGCAAAGUGGGCAGCACCGAUCGUCGCAGCGCUGAAGCGUGCUGAGGACAUCCGGACGUGCGCGGAUUUGAGCACGGGGCUUAAUGACGCACUGGAUGUGCAACAGUAUCCCCUUCCGACGCCCGACGAGCUGUUUGCAAAGCUCAACGGCGGUCAGAAGUUUAGCACGCUCGACCUGGCGGAGGCCUAUGCGCAAGUGGAGCUUGACGAAGAAAGCAAGGCGCUGGUGGUGAUCAACACCCACUUCCAGUACAACCGCAUGCCGUUUGGUGUAGCCAGCGGCCCGAGCAUCUUCCAACAAAUCAUGGAACGGAUCCUCCAGGGGUGCGAAGGCGUCGCCAUCUAUAUGGACGACAUCAUCGUCACAGGUGCGACUGAUGAAGAGCACCUCCGGAACCUGGAGCGGGUCCUACAACGCCUCGAGGAAUACGGACUCAGGCUGAAGCGCUCCAAGUGUCAGUUCCUCCAGGACUCGGUAGAAUACCUCGGGUUCGUGGUGGACAGCCGAGGCCGACACAUCUCACGCGACCAAGUGAAGGCGCUCUUGGACAUGGACCGCCCGGCCAACGUAAGUCAGUUACGUGCAUUCCUCGGGCUGGUUAACCACUACGGCAAGUACGUGCGUGACCUUUCGACGAAAUGCUGUCCAUUUCACCAGCUGCUGAAAGCGGGAGUUUAG